CUCUGUCUCUCUUUGUGUCUUCCUCUUCAACCCCUCUAAGGGACGCUGUACACGUGAUAACUGUAAGUACCUGCAUCCGCCGCCUCAUAUCAAGACCCAGCUGGAAAUAAACGGCAGGAACAACCUGAUCCAGCAGAAGACCGCAGCCGCCAUGCUGGCCCAGCAGAUGCAGUUCAUGAUGCCUGGAACUCAGCUGCAGCCCAUAACCUCGUUCCCAGUAACGCAUUCCUUGGCCAACAGUCCGAGCAUGGCUUUCAGCCCGUACCUGAGUCACAUGAGCCCGGGUAUCAGUCUCAUGCCCGAGCUUCUGCCCAGCGCCCCCGUGCUGGUCCCGGGGAGCCCCACCGGCAUCGCCAUGGGCAACGGAAAUUCAACGCAGAAGCAUGUUCGCACAGACAAGCUUGAGGUGUGUCGAGAAUUCCAGCGGGGGAACUGCACACGCGGGGAGAACGACUGCCGCUAUGCCCACCCAAUGGAAGCCGCCAUGGUGGACGGCAGCGAGAACUCCGUCAUUGUUUGCAUGGAUUACAUCAAGGGCCGAUGCACCCGUGACAAAUGCAAGUACUUUCACCCUCCGGCUCACUUACAGGCCCGGAUAAAGGCGGCGCAGCACCAAGCCAGCCAGAAUGCUGCUGCCAUGGCUUUGCCCCCAGGAGCCAUGCAACAGCUACCAAAGAGACCAACCCUGGAGAAGACUAACGGCGCGGCUGCCAUCUUCAACCCCAGCAUGUUCCACUACCAGCAGGCUUUGGCCAGCAUGCAGCUGCAACAGCCAACGUUCAUUCCCACAGGCUCCGUAUUCUGCAUGGCUCCAUCUGGAGGCAUUGGCCUUUUCAAACCCCUAGGCCCAAUGACAGAGGGCCGCUGGGAGAGGCGGGACUGGACCAGCUGCAGGGCCCCCCAAAGCCGUUACCUGUCAGGGCCUGGACAUACUGGUGAGGGUAGAGUCUAGGUCCCCUCCCCUCACAAACACGCACACAAACUUACUAUUCACCUGUUUAGAAAGGUAGAAAUCACCCCUGCUCACUUUCAGUAUUAACAAACCCAAAAUAAGCCUAGCAGAAAUGCAGUUGCACACACACUUCCAUGCCCAUAGAUGAACAAUGAUCUCCUUUUUUAGCUGGCCAAGUUAAAUUUGUCCUUUACAGUCAUUUAGCUGAGAACAAUCCAGUCAAAACACUAGAUCUGUGCUGAACCAGUGAGUGUGCCAGUGUGUGCCUGUGCGUAUGCCUGUAUUUUUAAUUUUUAUGACAUUAUUUGACAUCCGUGAUGCACUUUAUGCUGUAUACAUAUCAUGCUGUGUUAAUUUGCAGUUUUCCUUAUAAUAUGACCUUUAUCUCUUUAACUUUAGCUGGUUUUAUUAGAUUUGAUUCUUAAUUCAUAUUUACAAGAAUUGUAGAAUGUUUAUGUCGUUCAUUAGCAGGUUAACUCCUAACCAAAGAAGUAAAGUGUCAUAUUAUUUUAAGGCAACUUGAAUGGGAAUGAACUACAUAUAUACAUUCCCCUUCUUUUCCUUACUGUAUAUUUAUCCAUUCUCCGGCCCCCAUCAAAAUAUGACAGUCAGACGUUUCCGACUGUUCCAAAUGUUUGUGAUUUUGAUGACGGC